AUGUGUGCGAUCAUAGAACCGAUCGGCUACUCCUAUACAUUACCUGCAGCCAAAUGCGAUCUUGCCAUGACUGCUGCUCAGCGCGGAUUUUUAAGCUCGGUACCAUAUAUAGGAAUUGCAUUAACCUCGUUCCUUUGGGGAUACUUAGUGGACACAAAGGGAAGAAAGUUGACGGUUAUCUACAGUUCACUGUUCACUGGCGGAUUUGCAAUUCUCUCGGCGUUUAUGCCUAACUACAUAAGUUUUACAAUUUGCAAAUUUUUAUCAUCGUUAUGUAUAGCGUGCCCAGCUGCAGUGCCCUACGCAUUUAUCGGCGAAAUAUUGCCUUUGAAGUACCGGGACAUAACUCUAUCAAUUACCAACGCUAUGCAGAUAUCAGGUUCCGCAUUGGUCCCAUUGUUUGCCUGGGCUAUUCUACCUCUGGACUUCAGAGUAAAUUUCGGAGCUUAUGAUUUUGUACCUUGGAGACUCUUGACUAUAAUCUAUGGAUUGACCUUCGUAGUAUCAGCUUUGCUUCUGUCGUGCGGUCCUGAAAGUCCCAAGUAUCUCAUCUCUCAAGGUAAACACGAUGAAGCACUUGAAGUUUUGAGGACAAUGUAUUCAAAAAAUAAAAGAAAAUCGCCUGAUGAUUUUCCUAUAAAAUGGCUAAGAUCAGAUGAGUUUGUUAAAAAAGAAAAUCUCGGAAUUUUCACGUCAUUGAAAGUGCAAUCACUGCCAUUAUUAAAAGCACCAUAUAUAAAAUGGAUGGCACUGAACAGUUUUAUAUUUUUUGGUUUAUUUUCCACAAUUAAUGGUCUAUACAUCUGGUUACCCGACGUGUUGAACCGCGUAUUGACCGGAGACAGUGAAGGCCUCACUGCUUGCGAAGUCAUAGCCCAGCGCUUUAACCAAACCGCCGACGACUUUGCUGCAUGCGACAAUUCAAUUGCCACUAUCACAUUCUUGAUCAACACUGUAGCAAAUAUGUCCUGUGCCAUCAUAGCAUUGGCCGUGAGUAGUUGCGUGAAAAUUAUUGGCAAGAAGAGACUGCUAAUCACGGUGCUGAUGCUCAUCGGAGCCUUCUGCAUGCUGAUCAACGUUGUAACUCAAGAUGUAUUGUUCGCUAUUUUCUUAUCUUCAAUGCCGAUAGGUGGGCUGGCUAUUGGACCUGUCAAUGCGUUCGCCGUUGAAAUAUUUCCUACACAUCUAAGGGGAAUGGCUGUCAGCUUAUCCAUGAUGGUUGGACGUAUUGGUUCUGUGACCGGGGCGAACGUCGCUGGGUUAUUGCUAAAUGCUGCCUGCACGGCUACCUUCUAUCUAUUUGGGGGGCUGCUUAUGGUUUGCGGACUUUCAGCGUUCUUACUGCCGAGUUCUAACGUAGCGCCAGUCCCCAGGGACGCAACUACAACUAAACUGUGA